CAGUUCCCCCGGGAAGCCAACCAAACCAAAUCCGCGCUCCCCUUCCUUCGCCAUCUCCUCGCGCGCCCGCGGUUUUCCAAGCCAACCACGCCUCCCUCCCUCCCGCUCGCCUCGCCGCCGGUUUCCCCGAAACGCGCCGCGCCGCGCCGGGUCGCCCUCGCGAUCGCGCGGAGACUUGUCCCCCUUUCGUUUUGUACGCUGGUGGCUGGUGCUAUUAAAGCCAAACCGCGCGCCCGCCAGGUGUUCGACGAAGUGACGAGAGUCUUCCGGUCGCCGAGAGAGCUGUCCGGGGUUCGAGGAGGAAGGCGAUAAUGGAGGCCGGCAAGAGCGGCGGCGUCGGGUGCGAGCUGUGCGGGGGCGUGGCUGCGGUGCACUGCGCUGCCGACGCCGCGUUUCUUUGCCUGACCUGCGAUGCUAAGGUGCACGGGGCCAACUUCCUCGCGUCGAGGCACCGCCGCCGCCGGCUGGGCGUGGAGGUGGAGGUGGAGGAGGAGGAGGAGGAUGACGCGCGGUCCGCGGCGUCGAGCUCUUGCGUGUCGACCGCCGACUCCGCGUCGUCCACGGCUGCGCACGCGGGGGCCGCCAGGAGGAGGGGGCGGCGGCGCGUGCCGCGGGCGGAGGCGGUUCUUGAGGGCUGGGCGAAGCGGAUGGGUCUCUCGCCCGGCGCCGCGCGGCGGCGCGCGUCCGCGGCGGGGGCGGCGCUCCGCGCGGUGGGCCGUGGCGUCGCCGCCUCGCGCGUCCCGAUCCGCGUCGCGAUGGCCGCGGCGCUCUGGUCGGAGCUCUCCUCCUCCUCCCGCCGCCGCGUCGGCGCCGGGGAGGCCGCGCUGCUCCGGCGGCUGGAGGCCAACACCCACGUGCCGGCGAGGCUGCUGCUCACGGUGGCGUCGUGGAUGGCGCGCGCCUCCAGGCCGGCCGCCGAGGAGGGCUGGGCCGAGUGCUCCUGAGUCGCCGCCGUCCACCGCACGGCGAACCUUCCGGCCAUCUCAGAUAGAUAGUUAGAUAGAUACUCUACUACUAAAAAAAUGCAAAAUUUGUGGGCAAUCAUUAUUUGUUCGCUUCCUCCUCCUCAAUUAAUUAAUCCUAAAUUCUUAUUAAUUAUCAUCAAGGCUAAAAAAUGUUGUGGCUAGGAAAGCAUCCAUCCAAACUGAGAUGAACCAAGUCCAAAUGGAUGGGAGUGUAAUACUAGCUGUCUAAUAAUAUGGUGGCAUUUAUCAUUCUUC